AUGGCCGAUUCUCAAAUCGCCUUGACAGACUCUCCAACCUGGAGUCCUUUGCUCUACCGACCUUUGGGUGCCGAUGAGAUUCGGAGGGAGUGGAGAGGUCUUCAUCAAAAGCCAUAUGAUUAUACGACAUUGUUUAAACCUAGAAGGGGACUUUUUGACCGCCCUUUGAAAGCAUAUAUCAGGACCUUGAAAGCGAUUCAAAGCAGAUCCGACGAAGCUAUUGCGCCCACGGAAAGUUCAUCCCAUCUCUCAGAUAGAUAUGUUGCACUAUCAUAUGUCUGGGGAUCUCCCGCGGAAAAAAAGACAAUCUUAGUCAAUGGGAUUGAGAUGCAAGUCACCCAGAAUCUACACACUGCGUUGAUUGAAUUGCGAAGGUCAAAUUGGGUCAGAAGGCGUGUUAACUUGUGGAUUGAUGCGUUGUGUAUUAAUCAAGAUGAUUUAGAUGAGCGCGAGCAGCAAGUAAAGCUCAUGCGAGAUAUAUAUGCUAUGGCAUGGCAAGUGGUAGUCUCACUUGGUUCGAGCACUUCAAAUACGACCAUGGCAUAUACAGCAUUACAGUGGUUAGUUCAUGAGAUAGGGUCGGAUGAAAAGCUGAGAGAAUUCGCAGUAAAAUAUGGAAACCUGCAUCAUAAUACCGCCAAUGCAGUUGAGUCAGCGCCUCACACUUUGCCAUGGCAUGAAUUUGCGUAUGAAUCCCUCCGUUCAUUUUUUGCAUGCCAGUAUUGGCAUCGUCUUUGGAUUUUGCAAGAAUUGGCCAUGGAUAGAAUGGAUGCACCUAUUAUCUGGGGGGAUCAUUCUAUGUGCCUACGUGAUAUAUGGAAAGCUUGUCAUAUGAUAGAAAGGCAAGAGGAUACUAUUUUGCGGUAUAUCACGACACAUACAAAUGAUGCUGAUCGGCAUACAACCGUAGCUACAAUAGAUCGACGAAUAGAAGACCGCGAGGGAACUCCUGGACAACAGUGGAAAUAUCUUAUCCGUAUUCAAAAUAUGCGUGAGUUGAAUCAGGGAGGGGGGGUUAGGACUGCUCUACCGGCUCUUGAAUUGGCAAGACAAGCGCAAGCUACCGAUGCACGGGAUAAGGUCUAUGGGAUUCUUGCUAUACCUUGCGUCAAAGGACUGACAAACAUGUCACCCAAUUACCGAAUCGAGCUUCCCGAGAUAUUUACCAAUUUCACACGUGAAAUAAUCUCGAAUAAUGAACACGGUUUGGACAUUCUCAGAUUGGUUCAUUCUCCUGUUGAUAAAAUCAUGCUAUCAUCAACACUUGCAAGUAAUCCUCGUUGGAUGCGUCAAAUGAUAGCAGGUCGUUUCGUAGAGGUUGCAACACCUUGUAUACAUAAGUUACCCUCUUGGGUGGUUUGUUGGUCAUGCACGGCCGCACCGAUCAUGUUUCUUCCUGGCAUUUACAAAGCAGGUCUUGGCUUCACACACCCUUCACCUCCAGUAUUUCUUCAUGAUAACUUUAUAUCACUACAUGCCGUAUUUAUUGAUUCGAUAGCUAGCCUUUCAACAUUCAACGCUCACGAAAAUGAUGAAAAGUUCCCGAAGAACCACAUCAGUGCAAUCUCUAUCCAAAAUGAAUAUGGCACCAUCGAUGGUCUCAAAGAAGCAUUCUGGAGAACCAUUGUAGCGGAUACCACGCCUAACGGCGAGAAACCUCCUCCUUCGUGGGCAGUCCUUCGUUUACCAAAAUUAUGGUCAGUUUUUGGUACAACAGAAGGCGGCAGUUCAGGUCUGGAUUUUAGUCUGCAUGGCUUUGCGCAACGGAACUGA